UGCCCCCCCCCCCCUUUGUUUCACACACACACAGACCACUCACAGACCACUCGCCACCAAACCUGACCCCGGCUCCACCGUCGCACGUCGCUGGCUACCGUCGCUUCCCAUUAUCGCAGGUCGCCACCGCUGGAAAUCACCACCGCCACUGCUGCAAAUCACAGUUCCAAUGACUUCUUCCAUGUCUACUGCCUUGCCAGUCAAAUGAAGACUCUGUUUCUCAACCCCUCUCUGAUUUGGUAGAUUGAUUUGAAAAAUGAGAGCUGAAUACAACCCAAAAAAUGAUUUGUUGGAUCAAGAGUUCAUGCUGAAAGGGAAAUGGUACGAGCGGAAAGAUGUGGAGGUUGUAAAUAGUCAAGGAGAUGUUCUUCAAUGUAGUCAUUACAUGCCUAUUAUUCGUCCAGAAGGAAAGGCUAUGCCUUGUAUAAUUUACUGCCACGUCAACAGUGGGUGCAGGGCUGAUGCGAGUGAAGCUGCUAUAAUACUUUUGCCUUCAAAUAUUGCUGUAUUCACCCUUGAUUUCUCAGGGUCUAGACUUUCUGGAGGAGAGCACGUCACUCUAGGGUGGAAUGAACUUAAUGUAUGCAGCUGAAGAUCCUUCGAUUGCUGGAAUGGUUCUUGACAGCCCUUUCUCUGAUUUGGUUGACUUGAUGAUGGAACUUGUGGAUACAUUCAAAGUUCGUCUUUCCAAGUUCACUUUUGCAAUCCAGUACAUGCGACGAUCAAUUCAAAAGAAGGCCAAAUUUGACAUAAUGGACCUGAACACCAUCAAGGUUCGAUUCUACCAAAUAAUUUAUAGAAGUAUUUUUGGGAUGGCAGAUCACCUGAAAAUGAUCCUACUUGUUCUUAACUUGCAAUUUGUGACUCUACUCUUGGUUGUCAAACAUUAUUUGAAAAUUACUAAAAAAAUUUGUGGACAAAUUACUUUGGCCGUCAAGGUUUGAGCUAUUUGCAUUUUUAGUGCUUAGAGUUGAUGAAAUGACACUUUAUAGCUUAUAAAACUCUGUUUGGACUUUGGUUCAACGCUUUUAUCAAUGGUGCAGCAUUGCACAUAUAGGAAAAAUAUGCAUGUGAUCCUCAUGUCAUGUACGUUUACUUAAUUGAUCAUUUCAACUGUUAUAGAUGUAGUGAUCAAACCAGUCUCAAGUCAGAUUCUAGAUGUAGAAUUAAGCAAAUGAGUAUUGUCAGGGAUCAUGAAAAAAAAAAUGUCAUGAAAAGGAUCAUGAAAGAUUCUCCACAUUUGGAUUACACAUACAAUAAAACACCACACACUAAUCAAAGGAUGAAAAACCUUCAUAAUGCAUUUGAUGAUAUUUUUUAAAUGAUCCCUAACAUUACUCAAAGCAAAUUUAUGGGAGUGUGAUAAUCUUAGGUCAAUGAUGAGGUUGGUGAAGAGAUGGGUAGUUAGUGUGCCUUAAACUAAAAAAAAAAGGACACAUAGGACCUCCUGUGGCAAAACACCUUAAUUAGCAUGCCUUAAACUUACCCGAAAAAGGGCGACAAGGGGUGAAAAUGGAAAACAGCCCCCGAACCACCGUACGGAUGUCACAGCCACCUUCCCUAUGACAAAUAGGGCCUAUCACAAUAGAAUGAAUGUCAUUAGCACACGUAGUUUUGGGAGUUAGAGCAGAAAACGCAUUAAACUUAACCGAAAAAGGGCUAUAAGGGUGCGAAAAUGCGAAAUAGCCCGAACCAUCGUACGGAUGUCACGGCCACCUUCCCCGUCACAAACAGAACCUGUGACAAUAGACAGAAUGUAAUUAGCACACGUAGUUUGGGAGUUAGAGCCGAAAAUGCAUUAAACUUAACUGAACAAGGGCGUUAAGGGGGCAACAAUGCGAAUCAACCCCCGAACCACUGUACGGAUGUCACAGCCACCUUCCCUGUGAUGAAUAGGACCUGUGUUAAUAGACAGAAUGUAAUUAACAUGUGUAGGUUGGGAGUUAGAGUCGAAAAUGCCUUAAACUUAACCGAAAAUGCGAAAUAGCCCCCGAACCACCAUAUGGAUGUCAUGGCCACCUUCCCCGUCACAAAUAAGACCUGUGACAAUAGACAGAAUGUAAUUAGCACGUGUAGGUUGGGAGUUAGAGCCAUAAAUGCCUUAAGCUUAACCGAAAAAGGGCGUUAAGGGAGUGAAAAAGUGAAAACUAAAAGACAGGCAAAAAACAUGUACAAGAGUUGGAUGAUGGUAAAAGAUACACAAUUCCAUCUUUAAGGUCAGGUAGGCUGUCAUGCUAUUACUUCAUCAAUGUUACAAACCUAUGGGAAAAUAAAUCUCAAUUUCAAUUUCAAGAGUUUUCAAAUUAACUCCAUCUACUUAAGCCUGUCUUUGUCCCAUUAUUGUUUCUAAAGGUGGUCAAUGUUGAAACACAAAAGGGUUGUUCAUGCAACCUAAGGUCCAUGGAAAAAAAGGUUUUGUCACUUUUUUAUAAUGUAUAUGAAUAGGCAUUUAGAAAGUUAAAGCUAUACACUUAAAAGCAGAAACAUCAGCAGUUUGAUUUAUUAAUAUAUUCUUCUCUGUCGAAAGAGUUUCAGGGACGAAAAUUCAAAACAGUCCCUUCACCAUCGUAUGGCUAUCAUGGACAGCUUCCCCAUGACAAUUAGGACCUAUGACAACAGACGGAAUGUAAUUUGGACCCGUAGGCUUGGAGUUAGAGCCGAAUAUGCCAUAAACUUACUCGAAAAAGGACCUGUCACAACCCUCUGAACUUUUUUCCCUCACAAACCCAAGGCACAUGAAUAAAACUAGUUCCGUUUUUUACGUCAUUUAUAUGAUUUUAGAACAGUUUCCAUUACCAUAUCAAGGUAAAAUGAAUGCAAAAAGAGAUAUACAUAGUCAUACUUUGAUCAGAUAGUUUUUUCCAAAUAGCACCUGCACCAAACAGUGAGUCAUCUUUCAACCUUGCUAGGAUGCUACUUGUCACCCAUCCUGUUUAAUCCAAAUCCUUGUCUCCAAUAGGCUCUCCAAGAACCUAUUACAUUAGAAUCAGACAUUAGCACCGUUAACCCUUUGUUUUCUUUUCUUUUGUCCUCAAUACAUGUUUAUUGUUGUUGUUAAUUUGCUGCUAGAAGUGUUACUAACUUCCAUGACACAGGUUGCCAGAAGAUUAUGUUCCCUGUUCUAAAGAAGGAUGGGGUCAAUAAAUGUCAAGUUUUGAAAAAUGUAAAAAAGGCUGGGGCCAACUAGUCAUUCAACUUUCAUCACCAUGAUGACCAUUGAAUGCAACAUACUAGACAGUAAUUAUUCUUAGUCAAAGUAAUUCUUCCCAACCACAAAUGAUUGAACAGAUAGUAAAAAUCAUCUCUUUUAAAACACUUUACAUUAGAGGUGAUUGUGUUAGCCUAUUAGAUGUCUUUGUCCUCAGAUUCCAUUGGAUCUUCAUGGGAUGUUUCUUUUCUGCAUUCUUCACUUCAAUCUCAUAUGCUUUUCAUGCUUCACUUUUCUUUUCUUUUCUUUUUAUCUUUUUUUAUGAAGCUGAAUGUCCUUUUCCAUCUCUAAUAUAUUUCUUUAUGGGCUGCAAAAUGCUCAACAACUCUUAAUGUGGGAUUCUCUGAUGUGUUGAAUCUUGCAAUUGUGGUUUAAGUUAAACAAUUGCUAAGCAUUUAUUCUCGUCAAUAAGUUAAUAAUCUUAUUAAUGACUUCAGACUGACUAACAAACAUCUGCUUUAUUGGCGUAGUAACCUAUUCUUGAGCUACCUCAGGAUGUGUUAGAGCCGAAUACGCCCUAAACUUAGUCAAAAAGGGCAUUUCGAGGGUGAAAAUUCAAAACAGUCCCUGAACGACCAUGUGGCUCACAUGGACAGCUUCUCCGUGACAAAUAGGACUUGUGAGAACUGACGGAACGUAAUUCGGACCCGUAGGUUAGGAGUUAGAGCCGAAUACGCCCUAAACUUAGUAGAAAAAGG